AUGUCUACCGGUGGAGCUCCCACAAACAAUCCGGCCACGCAGGAGGAAGAUACCAUGGGGAUCCUGCGCCCACCAAGAUUGCCGCCCAGCACUACGCUGAACAAGGCUUUGUUCUCAAAAACUGUCAACCUGGCUGCAGCGUCUGUAAGAGACAACAAGAACCUAUCAAAACUCAGGCAGGCCCUUUCCAAAAAUGGAGACAUUAUGCCCAUGGAAAGGAUAUCUGCCAUCGCCCCAGACCCGGACACCGACCUCGCAGCAAAAGGCCGGAAAUGUCUCCUGCUCAAGCCUUCGAUCUCACCCAAGCAGCCAGAGACAUGGGGCCCUCUUGUCUCACAGCUGGUGAAGCAGGAUGAGGUUGGCAUAGUCCCAUAUGAGCUGCAGCUAGACUAUGACUACUGGAACUACCGCGACGUACUGUCGACUCUGUUGCCCGAGGAGCUGCACGAUGACAUUCCUGCCGGGUUCAACACAGCGGGACACGUCGCGCAUCUAAAUUUAAGAGACCAGCACCUUCCGUACAAGAUGCUGAUAGGUCAGGUCAUCGUGGAGAAGAACCAGCACAUCAGGACAGUCAUCAACAAAACGGACAAUGUGGGCACCGAAUCCGAAUUCCGGACCUUUGGCUACGAGCUGCUUGCCGGCGAGGACGAUAUGAACGUUGAGCUGAACGAGAACGGGUGUGUGUUCAAGUUCGAUUAUUCCAAGGUUUAUUGGAACAGCAAGCUUGAAAAAGAACACACGAGACUCGUCAGGUCGUUCCAGCCGGGAGAAGUUGUGUGCGAUGUGAUGGCUGGCAUUGGGCCUUUCGCAGUUCCGGCUGGGAAGAGGGGUGUCUUUGUUUGGGCCAAUGACUAUAAUCCGGAGAGCUACAAAUAUCUUCAGGAUGCUAUUGGGAGAAACAAGGUCUCAUCUUUCGUGCGGCCAUUCAACGAAGACGGUCGUGUCUUCAUCCACAAGGCAGCCGACUCGGUCCUAGCAUCGUCACGGGCUGGUGAAGCGGCCGUAGUACCUUCAAAGCAGAAGUUCUCGAGAAGUAAUCCCGACGCCAAAAGGCCACCGCCGACGGUAAUUCCCAUUCCACCUACCAUCAGCCAUUUUGUGAUGAAUCUGCCGGCAUCCGCGACCGAGUUUCUGUCGUCCUACAGAGGUCUGUACGCCGGACAGGAGGCGCUCUUCGCGCCACACACGCAGACCAGGCUACCCAUGAUCCAUGUCCACUGCUUCGCCCUGAAGAGCGACGAUGAUGUGCCCAGGAUUGACAUCUCCGAGCGUGUUUCGAAGGAAUUGGGCACCACCUUGCGCUGGGACGGGAAGACUGGGGCGACCGUGAAUGAGGUAGAGGAUGGACAGGUUGCCGUGAACCAUGUCCGAGACGUGGCGCCGGCGAAGAGCAUGUACUGUGCGAGCUUCAGGCUGCCGUCCGAGGUUGCUUUCGCUGCUAGGCAGUGA